UGUUUGUGCUCAACUCUGUGACGGUGAUCGGAAUUGCGAUUGAAAUCGGGCUCGUUCCGUUUUCGUGUGUGGGAUAGCUUGACAAGAUUGAAUUAAGAGUUAAUAUACAGAUGUCCAGUAAUAAUACGGACACCGGGGACACCACCAUCAUGGCCACUGCGACCUCGCUGCAGCAGGAUUUCGAGGCCGGAGCCCACGAACAGCUACCCCGCGAAUCACUGAUAACGACUGCAGUCAGCUUUCUACAGAACACCAAGGUCCGCCACACGACACUUAUCCAGAAGCAGCAGUUCCUCCGGUCCAAAGGUCUCACGGCCCAUGAAAUCCAGCUAGCCUGUGAGCGUGCCGGUGUCUUUACCCAAGAUCCGAAUAACCCCAAUGCCAGUCCCAACACGGUCAUCAGCAUUGGGUCACAGUUACAGGCGCUGCAACCUCAGCCGACCGUCUUAGGCCGGAUCCGGGAGAUAAUCCAUUCAGCGGCUCUGUUCAGCGGAGUAGUGUAUGCAGUCUAUCUGUUUUGGAAGAAAUACAUUGCUCCCUACCUUUUUGGCAAGCCCAAAAAGAAGCCCGUGGACGAAGCUCUGGAUGACAUAGACAAGAAGGUGGAGACGCGUACCAAUGACCUCAACAGGGAGAUCUCGGCGGUUAAGGAAUUGAUUACUAGCCAGCAACGUGAUCAUGCCCAGCAACUGAACCGUGAAUUUAGCAAUUUCCGAAGUGAUUUGGAUGCCAUCAAAGGACUCCUGUUAAACCGAAAACAGUUUGCCGGCCCGGUGGCCCCGAUCACAGUGCCAUCCAUUCCCGCCUGGCAGUUGGCAGGCUCACCUCAUCAUCACCAUCAUCGGCACAGCCAGUCGGACGACAACGAGAAGGGCGAGGAAGAUGCUGGCUCCGGUUCUGGAUCUUCGGAGACCGAAGUGGUGACCAAGAAUAGUGACUCCAGCCUGGAGAUUAUGUGAAUACAAUCCAAAGGACGAGGACGAUGCUGGCUAUAGAGAUUUACUAUAUAUGUAGUAUAUAGUAUAGCGGUUGUAAAUUGAGUUUUUCCCUUAAAUGCCUUCGAGACUUUGUGUUUUUUGCUUUGCGUUUAUAGCAUUUAAGUUUUCUUUAUAGUCAACAGCUGCUAAUCCAUAUCCAAAAGUACAUACACACACACUCACAUAUACACACACUUAUGCGAUAC